CCCUCAACAGGCGUGCGGAAAAGUCGACAAGUUCACGCUCUCUCAACCAAACGCCAUCCAGAGCUUGCCGGUCGGACCUUUUGAAAAAUGAAGUUCAUGAAGGUUGGCCGUGUGGCCAUCAUCACCAGAGGGCGAUAUGCCGGAAAGAAGGUCGUGAUCAUCCAGCCAUACGACGCCGGUUCCAAAGCCCACCCUUUCCCAUAUGCCCUCGUUGCCGGUAUUGAGCGCUACCCAUCCAAGGUCACCAAGAGAAUGGGUGCCAAAAAGGUCGCCAAGCGCAGCAAGGUCAAGCCAUUCAUCAAGACCGUCAACUACAACCACCUGAUGCCCACCCGCUACACACUUGAAUUGGAGGGAUUGAAGGGUGUCGUCACAAACGAUACAUUCAAGGAGGUGUCACAACGGGAAGAGGCUAAGAAGACAGUGAAGAAGGCUCUGGAGGACCGCUACACAAGCGGCAAGAACAGAUGGUUCUUUACUCCUUUGCGAUUCUAAAUGCGUUUUCUCGUUUCAUUUUCUAAUGGGAUGGUUCUGGUUGCUAUGAAACCUUUGCGUCUUUUAUGCAUAGAUACGCCAUAGCGAAGAGGGAGUAAAACAAAAUGGAAUCCAUGCAUAUCAGGCAAUGGCUUGAUGAACUUACACAAAAUCCAAUUUGUGCACCACUUUUCGAGGGAUGAAGCGCUGGGAUUAGGACUCAAAAAAAGGAUUCCGGUUACCUGUCACAAAAUGGAAUCGCCAUGUUGACAGUUCCCGGUUGUAUGUAUUCUUUGGACAACAGCUAUCCUCAAUCCCCGUGGAGAUUGGAUAUCAAUAAGUAUCCAUUGAACUCCCCUUAUCAGCUAAGUUCAUCAGGCCAACUGGUCGCAAACCUCGUUAAAUCGGUCCUUCGCUUCCGUUGAUGCAUCAUCAAAGCUCACUAUCACGACAUGCACAGCUCAUUCCCCCAAAUUAGCAC